GAUGCCAGCGCCUCCAGCUCCAGGCCAUCCCGGUGCACCCGGAUCCUCCCUGCCCUCGGCCCCGUCCUUCUCCCCCCCGACCCUGCCCACCUCUAACCCCAAGCAGCUGGCGGUGAGGACGAGGUCCAUCGGCACCAACACCCAGGAUGGAAGCGUCUCGGGGGUGCUGGACGGAGACUCGGUUUGUCUGGGACCCUGCCAGCCGGGGACCAGCGUCAACCUGGAGGGCAUCGUCUGGCAUGAGACUGAAGAAGGUGUGCUGGUGGUGAACGUGACGUGGAGGAAGAGGACCUACGUGGGAACUCUGCUAGACUGCACCAAACAUGACUGGGCUCCUCCAAGGUUUUGUGAGUCUCCCUCCAGUGACCCUGAGAUGCCAGGUGGGCGUGGCCGAGGGAAGAGGAUGCGACUGGCAAUGGCUGAGCGGCCCUGCGUUGAACCAACCCCCGCUGCCAAAGUCAGGGGUCUAUCACAGCACAGGAGUCGUGGAGGCGGUGUCACAGGAACCGCUGCACCCAUCCACAGCAAGGGGCGGAGAGGCAGCCUGAAACUCAUCAACAGCAACUGCAGAGCGCCUCCUUCUUUCUUCACCGUGGAGGACGUGAAACCUGCUAACAGCACCGCCUCCCUCUCCUCUGGUAAACGAAAGAACAAACCACCAGCGGACCUGGACCUCAGCAUGGUCUCCACUGACGAAAUUAAAAACGGGAAUGGGAAGCGGAUCCGAGCCAAAUCCCGCAGCGCUCCGUCCACACCGCAGGGCAAAUCAGACCCCUCGUUCAUGGACCCUGGAGGAGGUUGUGCCUCCUCGCCACCUCCCCCACCCAUUCUCAUUGACUGCCCCCACCCCAACUGCACUAAGCGCUACAAGCACAUCAACGGCCUGCGCUACCACCAGACGCAUGCACAUCUGGAGGUGGAGGAGCAGAGGAAGCCUGAGCUGGAGCCCAUAAAGGACGGAGAGAGUGAGGAACGACUAUCAGACUGUGAGGACACCAUCAGCAACAUGACAUAUGACCUCUCAGAGACAAACAACAGCACUAAUACCAACAGCUCCUCUAAGAAACCUGCUCCACUAUACAAGGUGACCACAGUGGGGUCUCCUAAAAACAGGCGGUUACUCCUCAGCACCGACCACAGUCCUACAACUAACUCCAAAACCAGAAGAACCUCACUGCUAAAAGAUGGACUGAUCGAUGACCUCAGUAAUUUGCCCAUCAUCUCCAACAUGACUGUUGUACUUGAGAACUGCAUGGUCCCAGACAGGAACUCCACGGUAGAGAUGCCCAAGCUGGAAGCUGAAGGUUUGAUCGACAAAAAGGGAGGCGUGUGUGAUAAGGGUAAGAAGGCCAAUGGGAAGGUGGAGAAGCUGUCCAAGUCACGGACCAACCGGCCAAUCGCUCCAGCUCCUGCUCCUCCCAAGCUGAUUGCCAUCCCCAACACAUCGUACCCGACCGGCACAGCAGAUACUGCCCCCUCACAGCAACCAUUGCCCAUGGCAGCUGUAGGCCUCACCAGUAAAAAUCUUCCCCUCAAGCCCAUUAAACCAAAGCUGAGCAUCGUUGUGGAGCCGAGCCUCGUCAAAGCCACCCUGGUUACCUGCAGCAAGGAGACCAGGAAGAAAGAGAAACGAAGGCUAAAGGACAAACACAACAAAGAUGCACCGAGUAGGACUCCUAAUGGUGACAGCAGCGGAAUCAAAAUGGAAGAUGGUGUUGGCGGAUCUAAAAUGGGUGUCAAGGAGAUUUCUGGAAGCCUUUUGAAGGAGCACCUCAGUAAGCAGGAUGUAAUGAACGGGCUUACAGAGAGCCAGGAGAGCAGAAUGGCCAGUAUCCGCGCCGAAGCCGAUAAGGUUUACACAUUCACAGACAACGCCCCAAGUCCCUCUAUUGGCGGUUCAUCACGGCUUGAUGCAAGUGGUAGUUGCCUGGCAACAGCAGACAGCAGCAGCAAGAACAACAGCCCAGCAUAUUCUGAUAUCUCAGAUGCUGGGGAUGAUGGGAUAUCUUCUGAAUGUCGCUCGGAUGGACUCAGAUCCAAGUCUAGCUCCUCUGCCUCUUCUGAGGUAAGCUCCAGCAGUAGCCAUGGUAACUCUGGUAAAACCCCUCCCACAGCAUCUGCCCCUCCAUCAAAAGACCCUCAGUCCCCGUACUACCACAGCUAUGAGCCCUACUAUCUGCAGGGGUACAUGCAGUCGGACAGGCAAAACAGCAGCAGCGUUGCUUUCCACAAAAGCUCGGCCCAUGACGGCAAAGGGAAAGACAGAAAGGAAGAAGUGAAAGAGGACGAUAAAAACAGCUCCCAUGAGUUCUCAGACUCAAAAAAAGGCGACGGGCCGUCUCAGCUCCAGCUGGCUAUGAGUCAGACCCAGACUGCUUUGGCCCAGUCGCUGUACUAUGGCCAGUACUCCAGAGGACUGUACAUGGACCAGAAACUUUUACUGGCCUCCAAAUGCUGUGACCAGAUGCCUGGUACCAAGCAGAGGGGCGAGAGGGGACAAGGGGUGAGAGACGGGGAGGACGUUAAACACAUGGUUGGGGGUUCAACUGGGGGACCCAUGCUAGGUAAAGGUCCAGACGGCACUAAAGGGUGCUGUCCCAAACCCAUCCUGUCCUACGUGGAGAUGAGUGAAAGGGGAGAAAGGGGACAGAGUCUGAGCGUAAAGGCUGUGCACGGUGGCAUGGUGGACCAGCACCAGGUCUCGAUGAAAGACUGUGAUGACAUCAAGUCACCCUCCUCUUCCUCUUCUUCAUCACUCCACAACCCAAACAGUCAGACAGAUCUGGACUCAAAUGUUUCCUUUUCCAGUCCCUCAGACGGACCGGCCUGGGCUCACCGCCUGGCUCUCAGCAAAUACUCAGAGCUACAGUGUCAACAUGGGGAGGAGGCUGAGGAGGGUGAGGCAGACAUGGGAAAAGAAUGGGGAGCUACCAUGGAGCCUGCCGGGGCCAAGCUGUCCUCAGGAGGAGGAGGUGGAGGAGAGAGAGGAGGCGGGGUGAGCUGCGAUGCUAUGAAAGCCAGGUUCCAUGGAUCCCACGACCUCCUGCCCGUCAUCGAUGCCGAGGAUUCAGACAGGUUGGAAGGGCUGGAGGAUCAGGGCCAGGAGCCGAUCGGAGGGCUGUCUGAUGAGUCCCAGAGCGCCCGGGCAGCGGUAUCUCCUCCCAUGACCCCCCAGCAGCCCUACAUUCAGUACCAGCACUCCCCUUACCCGUCCUACCUGGCUAUGUGUGAGAGCAGCGGGGGCUCCUACAGAGGGGUGUCCCCAACUCUGGUCCACAAUUACACAGGUUUCCACUACCCUCUGUACGGUAAGACGGCGGGCAGGGAGGAGUCGGAGGUGAAUCCACCCAGCAGAGGAGGAGCGGUGAACAGCAAACAGAGCAGCGACUCGUCCUCAUCCUCAGCCAUGGAGCUGCUGCAGCAGCAGAGCCAUCAGUACCACGGAAAAUCACCUGCUCCCGGCGAGAAGGGUUCCCCCGAGGGAGAAAGAGACGCGGAGCGAGAGAGGAACCAUGUGUCGUUCGCCCGACACCUCCACACACACCAUCACACACACCUGGGUAUGAGCUACAACCUGAUGUCAGGACAGUACGACAUCUACCAAGGUUUGAGCUCCAGGUCGCUGGUCUCCGCUCAGCAGGUGUCAGGACACUCCUCCACUGAGAAUGAAGGGAAGAAGUAGGACCAUGUGACAACGUCUCACAUGAGGAACGGCAGAUUUAUCAGACAUCAAUUCCAUGGUGUUGAAUAAGCUUCGCCUCGCUGAGAGGCAGAGACACAAAGAAAAGAAAAAAACUCUUUCAUUUCUUACUAAUGACAACCACCUGUUUUAUAACACACCACUGAGGAGCGGUCGGGCCAACAGAGGAAACAGACAAACAGAUGGAGAGCAGGAUCUGGACGUUUUCGACAGAGGGACUAUCUGUACAAAUCCAGAAUUGCAGACUUUUCAAGCUUUCAGUUUUGCAGAGUUUUGACAGAAGCUGGCGGUGCGUAUAAAAUGAUAACAUCCCAGGACGCUGCACACACGCAGUGGUGGUCAACUUUAUAAAAAUGCACAUUUAUCGUAGUGUAUUAUGAUGAUGAUAUGACUGAAUGUACUGAAGAUGACUUACAUAUCCCAAUAGUGUUGAUCGUUUUUUUAAAAACUCCUAUUGGGACACAGCAUUAGGAAGCUAAAAAGUCUAUUAUUAUCCUUAUUAUUAUCAUUAUGAUUAUUGAAGUGGUCCUCCUCCCUCCAUAGUGCUGACGCUACAUUUGUAUUACUAACCUGUACUUGAGCGUAACCAUGUUGAUUGUAUUGUCUUUAUGUGAGAGUAAACCUUCACAUCAAACCUGCCCAGUGCCAUGUAGGAAACCCAGUGGUGUAAAUAUUCUGUACAGAUUCAUGGCAGAGCACUAACAUGCUUUAUCGUAAUCUAUGUUGAUCUCCAUCAGCCAUGCAGGGGAGCAGCGGGCGGUAAAAAAAAAAAAACCCAGGAGAAACAGAGCCACAGUUUCUUUAUCAGAUUAAUGCAGUUCAUGCACCAGUUUUUGUCCUGGAGGCACAUGAAGGUGAUGUUUGUGUUUAGGUUGCAUAUAUGAUGUGCAGCUAUUGGGAAGAGCUUAAUGUAAAUGUGCCAGCUACUGAAUGUUCGCCCCAGUUUGUGCCUCUCAAGCAGUAUUUUUAUAUUUGAGACUUUACAGCCACAUCAACAGCAUGCUCUAGUGGUGGCAGACUGAAAUAUCCUGACAAAUAUUGGAUAGAUUAUCACAAAAUGUGAUAGAGAUAUUCAUGACAGUCGCAUGGAGAAUCCUAAUUACUUAAAUCUUCGCUAUUUCCAAUGAUUCAGCAGCAAAAACUAAAUUGUCUGAUUUUCAGGCUGGACGAUUUUGACUAAAAUUGUGUCUGUUUUAGUCAAAAUGAUUAGCAAACAUCUCCAAUGUAAAAUUAUGCUUAAAUUUGAAGUACAAGCUGGGGCUACAGGUGAAUGAAUGCUUAUUAUGAAUGAAACCAAUGAGUUUAUGCUAAACAAAUCUGCUUAAUUAUGAAAGGCAUGUGUACCUGUAGUCACAGUACCUCUCUCUGAAGGACAAUUCCAGUGUUGAAUUGAGUUUUUUGCUUAUUUUCGAAUAUCCCAUUAUUUAACAGUACCUGUUAGACUGGCAGCAUACUCAAAACUAACUGUAAUUUGGUAAAGUUCCCUCAGGAAAAAUAGUGAGUUUAUAACCAAAAAGAGGCUUCAUUGUUUGUCCACGGGUAUUCAAGUAUAUUCACAUUUUGUUUUUAGCAACAAACAAGUCAUGUAUAAAAGCUUUUGUUUGCAGUGCCAGCAGUUUGAGAACCUUCUAAAUUCAAUUUAGUUCGGAGCAUACAAUGCUCCCAACCAGGAAUAUUUUUCAAUGACUCAAGCUAAAUUGACGUAGCUCAUUCAUUUCCCUUUAAUUUUAAACAGCUUAAUAACAUUUACAAAAACAUAAGCAGAAAUUCUCUUUAGGAACAUAAAGACAGAGUCAGGAGACUCUUUUAUCCUGGCUCUCCCGAUUUUCUAGUUUUCUUUUCUGUAAUAAAACAUGUUUUUUGUGGUAAAAGCCAGAACGACUUCUUGUCAGCCAAAAACCCAACUGGGUACAUGCUCAAGUCAAACCAAAACUGUGAAAUAACAACAAAAUGUAAUGUAUGUUGUACACAUUAACAGCUCCAAAUUGAAUCUUCUUGGUUGGGAUCAAGCCAUAACAUAACAUGUUAUUUUAAAUAAGAAGAACAAAAUAUUAGAAAAUACCAUUUGGCAUGAUAAAAGAUGGAAAAACCAUCUACAACAAUGUAAAGCAGUACAGUGGUAUUCAGUACACUGUAUCUUACACUGGAAUUGUCCUUGAAGUACAAAGCCCACAUUAUCACUGAUGGGGGUCGCACCACCAUCAGGAGUCCUACAAUCCUUUGCCCCACCGCUGCUCCCAUGCCCUCUACAAGCCAACUAGCUCACGGCAGAGCCUCUGAUAGACUGAACGGUUUGGUAUUACCAACCAAUGGUGCCACAUCUCUGACCUCACAAACCCAACACACCAAAUUUCACUUUAUUUCUGGUGCUGCUCAUUGUCUCUAUGAUCUGAACCACUCACCACAGGACCAGAUUCUCUGAAACUCACUGUGGAACCACUGGUGGAGUCAUACUGUACUGAGUAUCUGAUUUUUGAGUUGUGAUGUUGGGGAACAAUAAUGUUUAGAAUAUGUGCUAAAAAGUAGAGGAAAUGUUGGAACUAAGCUAAUUUGGCAUUUUUGCACAAAUAUACUGGCAGGUUGGCAACCUAAAGGAGUUUUCCACCAGCUCUCCAAGUCAUAGUCGCUUCCAAUCGAUCGGCAACCCUGUCAGGUUUAUUAUAGCUAAGUGUGAGUUCCAAAUAUGACGUCCCAAAACACUGAAGUGUAAACUAAAGGAUGACAUACAUCUGUACCCGUUGUUUUGCAGGCCUGCACACUGGUGGGGUCUUGACACAGCACUUAUGUCAUUAGCACCCUGGUUUGGUACAUCCUGGUGUUACUUCAUGCACCUGUAUGUCUUGUGGCUCUAACAUCAGGUGGAACAUGUUUUUUCCUCCAUCUACUGUGGCUUGGAUUGUACCUCAUUUGUACGUUGUUUUGAACAAAAGCAUCUGCAGCAUGAAUUAAAUGGAGAUGUUAUGCUACAGUUGCCAGGUGACACAAUGACCCGCAGCACAGCCAGUACUGCAAAGAUCAGCUACAAGUAGACGGCCUCAGGCCAUUGUCAGUAACUAGAAACAGACCACUGUACAUUUGGUACAUAAUUCAUCCAAGCAAGGAAAUGCGCAAAAUGAUAUACUCUUUAAACACAAUAGUUAAUCAGACUAAAAUAAGACAGUAAUUGGUAGCUGAUGUACUAGAUAGACAGUACAUACUGUAGUCUGUGUUGUUCUUGAGGAAGGUUGUUAGUGUGAAGGAUGGACCAACAUGUCAGUGUUAAUCUUUCAGAAUAUAAACAUUUAUUAGACCGCUGACAAAAAGGAGAAAGUAAAAAAGAGUCAUUAGGUUUAUCAUUUAGGGUUUUCUGCAGAUAAUAAUUUCAUUUGCUAUCUUUAACUAAUCAGGGAGGGUCUCUGCCCUCAUUUGAAGAUAAAUGAUUUAUAAAUUGUACUUUGACAACAAUAUUAAUCAAAUGUAUCUCCUCGAAAAGGCAUAAUCAAAUCAUACAUAUCAUUAGUGAGGUUGAUAAACAAGUAAAUAUUCACUUCUUUGGAACUGACAAACAUUACAGCACAGAGACAUUUUAAAAGGAGAAGUGCACUCCUUCUUCUUAAAGGGUCGGACAGAAAGAAUGAACACAAGUGAGCUAAAAUUUCUCAAACAUCACAGUUUCGCAGCUCAUAUAAAUGUUGAUCAGAUGAGGGAGAGGAAUGUGCGCCAAGACUGACCCUAGGAAACAACAUCAUCAAAAUGGAGAAAGUUAGCUCCAUGACAGUCUGUUAGCUGAUAUUGUAUGCACAAUACAAUCCAGUAUGGUUGCCAGAGGGUGUUCCACAAACUUUGAGCCUUAAUGGUGCGCCCAGGUCCCCUACUGGUUAAAACACAUGUCAAAUUACUGCGGUUUGAAUCCAGGUGCAGACCUUUGUUGCAGGUUAUUCCACCGUCACUCUCUCCCUUUAAUUCCUGUUAGCACUCCACUGUUCCUAUGUAGAAAGCAGAAAAUACCCAGAAAUAAAUGAAAAUAUUUAAACAAACCGAACAGCUUUUAUCCUCAAUGUGGCGUCCACGUAAUCAUGUUCAUACCUGAAUUAUGAGGAAUAAUGUUGACGCCAACCUGCCAGCUGCAAUUUCUUGUUGAAAAGCAUUUCAAAACAGUUAUUAAAGCAGGAAUAUGGCUGCAAAUAUCCAAAUAAAAUCCAACAUUAACACUAAUGCAAUUGAUUCAGCUAAUUAAAAAGGUGCUAUAUAUUGUUAAAAUAAAAAUGGGCGUAAUUUGAGUCGUAUCUGGCGUGACUACAGGAGCAGUAUGGGUAACUGUACAGGAAUGAUGAGCGAACAAUAGACUUUCAUUUGAUGUUAACACAGCAUAACAAUAUAUUACAAUUUAAGUAAAAACUCUACAGCAGCACUGUGGAGCCAACAUGGCUGACAAAAACAACAAUGGGUGCAAUGACCGAACCUGGUCUAGCAGCGGCUCUGCCUCACUCACACAACACCUUACCUGCAUAGUAUCAGUGAUCAUUCUACUACUUGAAUAUAGUGCUAUGAACUCUGUUUACAAAAUACUGUCAUCUUUUGGAAGACACAGUGUUGUCUUAUAAAGGCUGCUUGGUAUGUUCAGUUCAUCCACCCGGUGUAUCCAGUUAAUAACACACUGAAAUCGUAUAAACAUGAA